CUGCCUGUAACCUGAGCCCCCAGGGGAACAGGCAGUUUGGGCCACCCCCUGGGCCUGCAGGGCCAGGCACUGAGGGCGCUGGGAUGGAGGCGCCCAGCCGGACCCUGGUGGUGGGCUCGGCGGAGUCCUACACCAGCCGUCCAUCAGACUCCGAUGUCUCUCUGGAGGAGGACCGGGAAGCCUUAAGGAAGGAGGCAGAACGCCAGGCGUUGGCUCAGCUCGAGAAAGCCAAGACCAAGCCGGUGGCAUUUGCUGUGCGGACAAAUGUUGGCUACAACCCGUCUCCGGGGGAUGAGGUGCCUGUACAGGGAGUGGCCAUUACCUUUGAGCCCAAGGACUUCCUGCACAUCAAGGAGGUGGGAGAGGACUUGGUGGCUGCAAAGGGUACACGGGAUGGGAGGCACCCCAAUGCUGAGUCCCCCAGACACAUGCAGUGGUGCCCCCUCCACAAAGAGUAG